UGUCAGUUCAAAAUGUAAUGUAAUUGUCAAAAAUGUAAAUUAAUUCGUUGCACAGCGUUGGGUUCUAUUCUAAAUAUAAUAAAUUCUAGAUAAAAUUUUGAUCUAAUUCGUUAUAGUGGAUUGGAAUAAAUUGUAAAAAAAAAAAACACUAGAAUUACUAGUAUAUAUCUUUAGCCGGCGUCUGUUUUGGAGUGAUGCUGCAGAAGUAUUCGUCGGUGGAUCCGACGACUGCAUGAACAGGAGUGUAUCGAGGCGACGCUAGCAAAGAGAUUGCGGCGGUGGCGGCAGGAUGUCAAACGUGGAGAACGUGUGCCCGCAGGUACUGCGCGGCGUGGCACGGGAGCUCCGGCGGCUGGCGGCCAACCCACCCGCUGGCGUUAAACUGGUACUGCGGGAAGACGACCUCACCGACGUCGUGGCGCAUAUUGAUGGACCCGCCGACACGCCGUACGCGGGCGGCGUGUUCCGCGUGCGGCUGGUGCUGGGCCGCGAGUUCCCGGCGGCGCCGCCGCGCGCCUACUUCCUCACGCGCAUCUUCCACCCGAACGUGGCGGCGGCCACGGGCGAGGUGUGCGUCAACACGCUCAAGCGCGACUGGCGGCCCGAGCUCGGGCUCGAGCACGCGCUGCUGGCCGUCAAGUGCCUGCUCAUCGCGCCCAACGCCGAGUCCGCGCUCAACGCCGAGGCGGCGGCGCUGCUGCGCGACCGCUACGACGACUACUUCGCGCGCGCCAAGCUGCUGGCCGACAUCCACGCGCGCCGCCCGCCGCGCCCGCCGCGCCCGCGCACGACGCCGGCCCGUGCGCCAAGCGCGAGCGCCGCGCGUCCGCCGCGUCCGGCCGCGGCGACGGCGAGCCCAGCGGCGCGAGCGCGAGCGCACACACCAACGCGAACGCGAACGCGAACGCGAACGAGGGCGCCGCGCGCCCCGCCAAGGAUCGCCGCCGCAUCCUCAAGCGCUUAUGAGCGACUCCGGCGACACCCGGCGAUGGCCAUUCAACGUAUGUCAAAGAAUCGGUGUUUCGUGUCUUAAGGGAUACUCGGCACGGCCAGUAGUUUUAAUGAUUAUCGCCCGGAACUUGAGCCCAGGAGUAAUGAUUAUUGACUCAGCGACGCAGGUCAUGUGCCGAGCGACAAUCGUUGCCAGAAUUGUAUUGUUAAUUAUGUAACUACUGAGGUAAAUAUUUUGAGUAGCCUCGCUCUGGUUUCCAACUGUACUCGUCUAGUGUGAACCUUGUCGCUCGGUCUCGUCCCUGCUUCAUGAUUUGUUGAUCGAUGAACUCGCGCGAAAGUGUUCGUGUGGACUAUGCAUGUAGUGUAUAAGAAUGGUAGAUGUAGUGUAUUAAUGUACGCAGAGGCACAUUUCCGAGGCGCACCGGUUAUUAGUUGUAUUUGACUUUAAGAAAUGUUACUAACUAGACGGAAAUGGGCCUCUCGUGAGAAUAAAUGUAACUGCUCCAGCAGCAUCCGCGAGUGUCGUCGGUCCGUGGUUGCGAGCGGCGACUGCUGUUGCAGUAGUUGCGAUCAAUAAUGUACAAUACGAGCGCGCGCCUCCACGCCCGACGCCCUAACGGAUCUCCCCGUACACGUGUCGUGCUCAACCAACCGGAGAGGCGAGUUGAGUCGAGCCCGGAUGUCUGGUACGAUAUGAAAUGUUUAUGAUUUGAUCAAGGUUGUGUUCAAAGUUAUGUCAUUUUCUUGACAUCAGAUGCUAUCCAUCUCAAGAAGUGUCCUCUUACUGACGUCUGAUGGCGAUUAAGUUUGACUGCCUUACAAUUGUUAGAAUUUCUGUGAGAAUAGUUAGGAUGUUGGGGUGUGGAAACUGCAUAACUAGUUCAAAGUAUUUAUAGUGAUUUAAAAAUAAGUGACAAAUGAACAUUUGAUGCUAUGAUAAUAAGGAUUGUAUAAAAAGUAGAAAAUAUAUAAUUUGAUAAUUGA